CUUCCUAGCGUCUUUCUGCCAGAUCCUCCCCUUGGCCGUGAGUCUCCUGUCACAUCAGUCUACUGCUGAAGCCUGAGUUGGAGUUUUUCUCUCCUUGUGCACCGCAAACCUAUUACUUCACGCAGAUUGCUCGCGGCCCGAUCAUUUCACACGGUCACAAUUCAUUCCUCUUUGGCCCGGAGGCAGGGGGCCUGGAGGCGCUUAGGAUGCCCGACGCUCCGCGCUCUUCAGCGGCCGGCUGGCAGCCGAGAACAAGCGCUCGGCGCGCGUUCUGGUCUGUCUGUGCCUGGAACGCGCCGGGGGCCCGCGCUCGCUCCCGUGCCUCCUCGCGCCCGCGGCGGCCCGGACGGCGCGCGCCGCCUCUCGCUCGUCCUCAGGACAACCGUGUCGGCCCUCGCGGCGCGCGCCCGGGGCCGGCCCCAGCUUCCCACUCGGGCGGGCAGGCUCGUGGGUUCGUUUGCCCCGCCCCCCGGCGCCGCUGCUGGGCGCUUGCGCGGGGCGCGUGGCCGUGGUCCGGGUCUCCGCAGCAGCCCGAGCUGCCGCCGCCGCCGCUGCUGCCGUCGCCUCAGUCAGUCAGUCAGUCCCCAGCAAUGGCGGAAGGAGGUGAGCGAGAGGAGCUGCUCUCGCCGCCACCGGUCUCUCCGGCCAAGCGGUUGUGCUCAUGGCCCAGCCCGCAGGCUCGCCACCGUCGCGGUUCGCCGGGGGCGGCCAGCGGAGGGGUGGGGGGUGUCGGCAGCAGCUGCCUGGCCCCCGGGGCCCGCCCCCACCUGCAGCCGGAGUCCUUGCUGGACUGCGCCGCCAAGACGGUGGCGGAAAAGUGGGCGUACGAACGGGUGGAGGAGCGCUUCGAGAGGAUCCCGGAGCCGGUGCAGCGCCGCAUCGUCUACUGGUCCUUCCCGCGGAAUGAGCGGGAGAUCUGCAUGUACUCCAGCUUCCAGUACCGGGGCGGCCCCGGCGCCGGCGCGGCUGGAGGCGCCACGGGGGCUUCGCCGGCCGAGGAGGGGCCGCCGCCACCCCCCGGGGCCGCUGCUCCGGCCGGCCCCGCCCCCGGGGCCGCCUCGGCAGGGGCAUCCCCUGGGCUGGGCACUGGGGCUGGCGUAGCCGGCGGCGGCGGUAGCGGCGGCGAAGGUCUGCCGUUCCGCCGGGGCAUCCGUCUGCUGGACAGCGGCUCGGUGGAGAACGUGCUGCAAGUCGGCUUUCAUCUGAGUGGCACAGUAACUGAGCCAGCCACUGCUUCAGAACCAGCAGUGACUUACAAAGUUGCAAUCAGUUUUGAUCGAUGCAAAAUCACUUCAGUGACAUGUGGCUGUGGGAAUAAAGACAUAUUCUACUGUGCUCAUGUGGUAGCACUCUCACUCUACAGGAUCCGUAAACCAGACCAAGUCAAAUUGCGUCUUCCUAUCUCGGAAACCCUUUUCCAGAUGAAUAGGGACCAGCUACAGAAGUUUAUUCAAUAUUUAAUCACAGCACACCACACCGAAGUUCUUCCAACUGCACAAAAACUGGCAGAUGAGAUUCUGUCCUCCAAUUCAGAAAUCAACCAAGUGAAUGGUGCCCCUGAUCCCACAGCUGGGGCCAGCAUUGAUGAUGAGAACUGUUGGCACUUGGAUGAAGAACAGGUGAAAGAACAAGUUAAGCUCUUUCUUUCCCAGGGUGGUUACUAUGGCUCUGGAAAGCAGCUCAACUCUAUGUUUGCCAAGGUUCGAGAGAUGUUGCGGAUGAGAGAUUCUAAUGGAGCCAGGAUGCUGACACUUAUAACUGAGCAGUUUAUGGCUGACCCACGACUCACACUUUGGAGGCAGCAAGGAACAAGCAUGACAGACAAGUGCAGGCAACUCUGGGAUGAAUUAGGGGCUUUAUGGGUGUGCAAUUUAAAUCCACACUGCAAACUGGAGGAAAAAUCCUGUUGGCUGCAGCAACUGCAGAAGUGGAGUGACCUUGAUGUCUGUCCCCUAGAGGAUGGGAACUAUGGGCAUGAACUUCCCAACAUCACCAAUGCACUUCCCCAGAAUGUCAAUCACAGCCCAGACUCCUUAUCCAGACCAAGACGAACAGUGUUCACUAGAGCCAUUGAAGGCCGUGAGUUACAUUGGCAAGACAGCCACCUACAGCGAAUUAUCAGCAGUGAUAUAUAUACAGCUCCUGCCUGCCAGCGAGAAAGUGAGCGACUACUCUUUAAUUCCCAUGGCCAGCCCCUGUGGCUUGAGCAUGUGCCUACAGCUUGUGCUCGGGUUGAUGCUUUGCGUUCUCAUGGUUAUCAAGAGGCCCUCAGACUCACGGUGGCCAUUAUUAAUACUCUGAGGUUGCAACAGCAGCGGCAGUUGGAAAUCUACAAGCAUCAGAAAAAAGAACUGUUGCAGAGAGGAACCACAACCAUCACAAACCUGGAGGGCUGGGUGGGCCACCCCCUGGAUCCCAUUGGCUGCCUGUUUCUGACUUUGACUGAAGCCUGCCGCCUGAAUGAUGAUGGCUAUAUGGAAGUGUCAGAUAUGAAUGAAAGCAGACUCCCUGUAUACCAGCAUGUACCUGUGGCUACAGGCUGCCCAAACAGCAGUGAGUCCUACCUGUCAUUGGCCCUGGAAGUUGCUCUGAUGGGCAUGGGUCAACAGAGGGUAAUGCCUGAAGGCCUGUAUGCCCAGGACAAAGUGUGUCGUAAUGAGGAACAACUUCUAAGCCAACUCCAGGAACUGCAGCUGGACGAUGAGCUAGUACAAACACUGCGGAAACAGUGCAUCUUACUACUAGAAGGAGGCCCCUUCAGUGGCCUAGGAGAAGUCAUCCACCGAGAGAGUGUUCCCAUGCAUACCUUUGCCAAGUAUUUGUUCUCAGCUUUACUGCCUCAUGAUCCAGACCUGUCCUAUAAAUUAGCCUUACGUGCCAUGAGGUUACCUGUUCUAGAAAAUUCAGCCUCUGCAGGUGACACUUCCCACCCACACCAUAUGGUGUCUGUGGUGCCCAGCCGUUAUCCUCGCUGGUUCACACUUGGACAUUUGGAAUCACAGCAAUGCGAACUAGCCUCCACCAUGCUGACUGCUGCCAAAGGGGAUACUCUGAGACUUCGAACUAUUCUGGAAGCAAUACAGAAGCACAUCCAUUCUUCCUCUCUCAUCUUUAAACUGGCUCAAGAUGCAUUCAAGAUUGCUACUCCCACCGACAGUGGUACAGACAGCACCUUGCUCAACGUAGCCCUGGAGCUAGGGUUACAGGUGAUGCGAAUGACCUUAUCAACCCUUAACUGGAGGCGCAGGGAAAUGGUUCGAUGGUUGGUGACCUGUGCUACAGAAGUGGGUGUGCGGGCCCUGGUGAGCAUCUUGCAGAGCUGGUACACACUCUUCACCCCCACCGAGGCUACUAGUAUUGUAGCUGCUACAGCUGUUUCUCAUACCACUAUCCUGCGCCUCAGUCUUGAUUACCCACAGCGGGAGGAACUGGCUAGUUGUGCUCGCACACUGGCCCUGCAAUGUGCUAUGAAGGAUCCACAGAGCUGUGCCCUGUCAGCCCUCACACUCUGUGAGAAAGACCACAUCGCCUUUGAGGCAGCCUACCAGAUUGCCAUUGAUGCUGCUGCUGGUGGUAUGACCCAUUCACAGCUGUUCACCAUUGCCCGCUAUAUGGAGCUUCGUGGCUACCCGCUACGUGCCUUCAAGCUGGCCUCACUAGCCAUGAGCCAUCUUAACCUGGCCUACAACCAGGACACCCACCCAGCCAUUAAUGAUGUGCUCUGGGCUUGUGCCCUCAGCCACUCCCUGGGCAAGAAUGAGUUGGCAGCCCUCAUCCCCCUGGUGGUGAAGAGUGUACACUGUGCCACAGUGCUUUCAGACAUCCUGCGGCGCUGCACAGUGACUGCACCUGGCCUAGCUGGCAUUCCAGGCCGCCGCAGCUCUGGAAAGCUCAUGUCGACUGACAAAGCUCCAUUGCGCCAGCUGCUGGAUGCCACCAUCAAUGCCUAUAUCAACACUACACACUCACGCCUGACACACAUCAGCCCUCGACACUAUGGAGAGUUCAUUGAGUUUCUGAGCAAGGCUCGGGAAACCUUCCUGCUGCCCCAGGAUGGCCACUUGCAAUUUGCCCAGUUCAUUGACAACCUCAAACAGAUUUACAAAGGAAAGAAGAAGCUGAUGCUGCUGGUUCGAGAGCGCUUUGGCUGAAAAAGCAGAUAGCUUACUGCCAGGGCAGCCUGGGUACCCAGGUACCAUCAAGUCAGGCCAAGGACAUUGAAGCCUUUGUCUGCCCUGGGAGGACUCUGAGCACCUGUGGCUGAGGCCAAAGGACCACAGGGCUAAGGUUAGAGACAGUCCAACUCUAACCAAUGUUUCUGCCUUGGCAUACUUCUCACUACAGCCCACUGUUCCUGGAGGAGCUGGGCCCUGCAGAUCGAUCAGAAAUCCCACAACAUGCCACCUCACGCCCCUAUAUCCUGCGUGUCCUGGGCAUUGGCCCUUUUUCCCUUGGCAAACACAGACACUGUUCCGUCUCAGGGAUUGCUUAACCAGAGAAACAGAAGCAUUUAUGGUACUGUAAAUACUAUAGUAUAUGUGUUGCCAAUUAUUGUAAAGUUGUAACUAUUUAUAAUUCUGGUUCUGAUUUGAUGGGCACCUAAAGUAGCUGUGGGUGGGAGGAUAGGCUUGUUUUCUGAGGAGACUCAUAACCAUUUCUCAGGUUUCCCUUGCAGAGUAUAUGCUGUUGGCAGUGGACAAGUAGGGGUGGCAGGGAGAAAAUGGCCAUUAAAAUGAAUCCCAAGUCUCAUCUAUGCAGAAACCCCAGCCUGCAGACAGGGCGUCUGUAGUCCAGUGGUGGGUGAGGGAGAGGCCAAGACUGGACUUAAGACUUUUACUAUGAGGACACUGAGGCUCCUGCUCCUGCCUCACACAACCUCUCCAGGAGCCUGCUGAACUCCUGAGUAACAAGUACAGGGAGAAGAUGAAGGUCUGGGAAGCCAUUUGAGCUCAUAAUAUUCAUAUACUCUGUCACCUUUAUGUUAAGAGUAUCUGGUUUCAUCUAAUUUAUAUAUGUGAUGUGUGUGUUGGAUUGUGGGUUUGUGUGAUCAUUGUUUCAUUUGUGUACAUGUGAGAAUACAUAGCUAAGUGCACUCAUGUUUGCAUAGUUAGUACAUGUUUGUACUAACAUGAGUACAAGUGUAUAGAUGGCUGUGUGUGUGUGUAUGCCUGCUAUCCAUGGAUCUUUGUGUCUUUGUAUGUGUAACCAAGAUAUUUCUACAUGGGUAUGUCUGUGUAUUCAUGUUGGAAGAUCUGUAUGAAUGUGUCCCUUCUCUUUAUGCCAGAUAUCUCUUCUCCAUUCCUCUCUGCUCUCUCAACAGCUGAACAUUUGUUCCCAUCUCUGUGGUCCUCCCUUCACCAUUCUUUCUUGACAAAUAAGCUUCUAAGCACCAGUGUCCCUCUGCCCUAAGAUAGGCUACUUCAACUCUACAGUUCUCAACCAACUUGCUUUCUUACCCUGCCUUUCUACCUCAAACUUCCUCUGCCUGCUUUUGUCUCAGUCCCAGUGGUCACUGAUUUGGAGAUUGAAGCUGGUAUCCCUUGGCCUUUCCCUUUCCCACCAAGUGGGCAAUCCUUAUCUUAGCCCUAACGACCGCCACAGUGUAUCAUGUUCCUGCUACGUUCCUGACCUCUGUGUUCAACCUGGAGUUAUUAUAGGAAGUAGCAAGGGCAUUCAGAAGAGUCAACUGGAUACCAGUUUUUUGGGUGUUUACUGUUUUGUGUCUUCGUUCCUGAGUUGGGGUGGGGUUUGAUAGGGAAUGGGUGAUAUAGCUAGAGUGUGAACUAAGAACCUGCUUUGCUUAAUUUUCCUCUUGGAAAAAUGUCAUCUUUUUUAUUCCAAACUGAUCAGAAAGUUGUAUUUGCUGUUUGUGGCUACUAAAGUGUUACUCUCCAGCCAAGGGCCCCUACAACAUCUCAGCCCAAUGGGUUGGUAAACAAGAGAAGCCACUCCCAUUUCUGUAUCACGAUUGCCCUUUUUUUUAGCAAGUGUGUGAAUUCACAGUGCUUUUCUAUGAAUAAAUCAUGAAUCACAGAAACAAUCAUUUUUCUAAAAGUAGAACUUGUGUUCUCUCAAUAAAUGAGGCCCUUCUCUGUUUCUGCAUUGCUCUAACUGGGACAGGGAACUAUUUGGGCCUAACAUGGAUGUAGAAAAUGACAGAUGAAGAAUUUCCUGCCACACUAGACUCCUCUCCAGAGUUCACAAGCACUUCAGAAGCUUGUCCUCAGAGGUGUCACUGUGAUGGGCAGGAUCCCAAGAUCCUGAGAAAAUUAAAGGGUAUGAUCAGAAAACAAUACAAAGCAACACUUAAGUGGCAGAGGGCCCUUUAGCUUCAGAGGGCUUCUUGCCUUGGUGAUGGGUAAUCUAAGGCUUAAAUCUCAAACAACUUAGCUUUGAGUCUUUUAUGUCUUCCCCAUCAUUUGGUGUCAAAGUUGAAGGUUCCUUAGCUUCUCCCUCCUUACCUAGAUUGCAUCUUUCUUUCUAGGAUUCCCUGAAGUGUUUUAGGCACUUCAGUGCCUCUCUUUGAUCUGCAUUCCCCUUCCUCCCCAGACACAAAGCCUAUCAAUUUGGGCUUUGUAUGCUGUAGGGAAUCCACUCCCUCAAUACACUGUCAUAGUCCCAAUUUCUAGGAAGCUUUACCCAACUCCCUGUAGCUCUGGGGCUUGGAUAUCUAAAGGUACAAUGCUAGUGAGAACCCUGACUUUAAGUGCUAUAAUACAUGUUCAUUGAUAAUGGAGCCUUGAGACUUAUGGGAGAGGAUACAGAGGAGGCCCCAGGGAAGGAGUGCAGGCUUAAGGAAUUGAAGAUAAGAGCACAAAUCUUUCACAAACAAAAUCACAUACUAGAUUUCAACUAUGGAACUUUAUUCUCCAGAAAACAAUCAUCCAUAUACUUGAGGGAAAAGGUAUAUGCUUAGUUCUGUCUAAGUAGACGUGAAUGUCUGUGCACAGCAUCCACAAAAGCUCCUACAUGUUCUGGGUCCAUGUCAGGGUAAAGCCCAUGGCCUAGGUUGGCAAUGUAGCGUUGUGGCCCAAAGUCAUCAAGCAUCUUCUGCACCAUUUGCCCAAUCUCCUCCUGGGGGACCAAAAGAGCACUGGCUAUAAGAAGGUUUGUAAACCCCUGUCCUUCCUAUGUAUAAUAGUAACAUAUACAUAUGUAGGCAUGCUUUUACUCAGUGUUAUUUAUCAUUAAAUCAAUA